AUGGGUCGCCCACCCAGUAACGGAGGCCCCGCCUUCCGCUUCACCCAGCCGGAGGUAACAGAAAUGGAAGCUAUUCUUUCAGAACACAACAAUGCAAUGCCAGCACGCGAUGUUCUUCAAGCUCUUGCAGACAAGUUCAGCGAAUCACCCGACCGUAAAGGCAAGAUUACAGUACAGAAUAAACAGGUCUGGAAUUGGUUUCAAAAUAAGCGAUAUGCGAUAAGGGCUAAAACUAGUAAGACUCCUGCAAAGUUAAAUAUCACGCCCAUGCCUCGGGUUGAUUUGUCCCCAGGAAGGAUUAUGGCUCAACCAACAGCUUCUCAUAUUCCUGCUCCUUCAGCUUCAGUUCAAGGAACAGCAAAAUUAGCUCCUGAAAAUUCAGUUAUGGAAUUUGAAGCUAAAUCUGGAAGGGAUGGAGCAUGGUAUGAUGUGGCUAACUUUCUAUCAUACAGACAUUUGGAGAGUAGUGAUCCGGAAGUGCUAGUGCGUUUUUCUGGUUUUGGAAAGGAGGAAGAUGAGUGGAUUAAUGUACGCAAGUAUGUCAGGCCGCGCUCUCUGCCAUGUGAAUCAUCAGAGUGUGUUGCAGUACUUGCCGGAGAUCUCAUACUUUGUUUUCAGGAAGGUAAAGAGCAAGCCCUUUACUUUGAUGCCCAUGUCCUUGAUGCUCAAAGACGGAGGCACGACGUAAGAGGCUGUCGUUGUAGAUUUUUGGUUCGCUAUGAUCAUGAUCAGUCUGAGGAAAUCGUGACACUUAGGAAGGUUUGUCGGAGGCCUGAAACUGAUUACAGAUUACAUCAACUUCAUGCUGUGAAUGAUGCAGCCCCUGCGGAUCAUCAGAAGAUUAGCUUGGAUCAUCCAGCAAAUGUUCAUGGCAUGAGGGUUACUAAUUCUUCUGAAAUGGUACAAAAGCAGCAACAGAUUGCAAAUAUUCAUAUAGUAACACCAGUUUUGCAAACAAAUGUUUCUGUUCCACCACAAAGCAUGAAUGUGGAUCCAGUGAAAAUUGAAACAAAACCUGAUAUUCAAGCUGGAAAUCCUGUCACUCUAGGCACUGCCACAUUCACCUCCGGCGUCAUUACUACUGACAGUAUUACUACUAGCAGUGUUCCUGAAGUUUCCACUCAGAACCCCGCCGAAGAGAAGUAA